CAACCCCAUCGACCGCUCUCUCUUGAACUUAGAUAUGGGUCAUGACUCUUGCCGCUCCCAUCAAAAGUGGCAUCGUGGUUGUGUAACCUGCAAGCGUCGCCAUGUCAAUUAUGACGAAAGCCCGCCAUGCGGGUGCCGGGAACAGCGUCCGAAUACGCCUGUAUCAGUUUUCGUCUCUAAGCGUCACCUUCAACUUCAGAUCAAGCCCGGCCUUUCCUCUCCAAUGACAGAGAGAAGGGGAAACACCCCGCUUUGCCAGGCGAUCGUGGCCGGUUGGACCUCUAACCCAUGCGUCGAUAGCCGACGGCGACAUACCGGAGCUGCUGUACCCCGUGGUCCAACGACGAUAGAAUCUGAUAGUAAACGGCCCCAUUCUUGGCCCCCAGCAUAAACUUCUCUGAUAUGGCCUGUCCGCGCUUGCCACGAUGCUACCAGUGUUUCGGACCAAGACAACCCUAGUCACGAACAAUAGAUCAACAUAGCCAUCGAGUAUCCCCCUUGCGUUGAGCGACCAUCGGUCUC